AAAAAGGGAAAGUAGAAGAUGCUUAUUUUCUUCCUGCUCGUUGUUGAUGGUGAACGGUGACAAACAGUAGCUGCAACAGCUUUAGCCAUUGUUAUUUUUGCUUACUUUAAUUCAAAAUUUAUUUCUGUAUUAUUACCAAAUUAUUCAAAUUUCGAGUUCUUUGGAGUUGUUGAUAGUUGGAAUUUCGUUUGAGAAUUUGGGAAGAAAUGUCAAGGUUUCGCGGGUUGUGGCAAGCUUCUCUGAAUGCAACCAAGAAAGCUCUGACAUGGAAUGUUGAAGAUUGGAUUCCUCCGACUGAAAAAUACAUAUUCAAUUUCAGUUCAAAAGAGGAGCUCAAGAAAUGGCACCUUUAUUCUGAUUCUGAGUUUGGAGGGUUGUCGUCGGCUUCAUUGGAGAUCAAAGAUGAAGGAAAUACAUCGAACGGAGUGUUUUCCGGGAACCUUUCCCUGGAUGUAAAUGAAGGUUCAAAAUGGAACAUAACUAGGAGCGGCUUCUGUGGAAUGCGGUCCAAGAAGUUUGACGGCUUCAUCGAUUUGGAUGCAUAUGAUACAAUAGCACUAAAGCUCAAAGGAGAUGGGAGAAGUUACAUAUCUACUAUUUAUACAGAGAAUUGGGUGAAUUCACCUGGACAGCUAGAAGAUAAUUCAUGGCAAUCUUUUGUUUUUGUACCCAAAGACAACUGGUAUAUUGCAAAGAUUCCUCUUGCUCAUUAUUUGCCAACGUGGAGAGGAAAUGUUAUAGAUGCAAAGUUGGAGAUGAAUCCAUCCCGUAUCCUUGGGAUGUCUCUAUCAGUUAAUGCUGAAGGUGGUGUUCCAGGUGCUAAGUCUGGGCCAGGUGAUUUCAGAGUGGAAAUUGAUUGGAUUAAAGCCCUGCGGACAGAAUGACUGAUGCUCUAGCAAACUGGAUAAUCGAGGUCUUCAAUUUGGUAUUGUAACAGUUUGUUUUAUAAUGUGCUGUUAAAAAUGUUUUUUGGUAUAUAUAAGCGUAUCAUUCCCGACCAUUGCAGUUAUUUUUCUAGCUUUUUCCUUCACUAAGGUAUUUCCCACCUGCGUUGUGCCUCCAGAGAUUAUAAAUUUCUUUCUUUAG